UGACAACGUCACUCAUUUUUAAGUCCUCUUCACAGCCAGGAACGCACUGAGCACAAGUGUUGGUAUUCAGCCUAGUGAGCCUACUACCUGGCCAAGGUCUUGUCCGCGGUCCCUAGCCUACAAAAAACAACGCAGAUGACCGGCGAGGUCUUAACUGUUACUUAUCGAUGAUGGCCUCGCAGAAAGGGAUGUUUGCUGGGGUUUUACUUUGUCUCGGUGAGUUUACUGAUCUGAUAUAAUUUCAUAAAUGUCUCUAUGUUACACUGCAAGAGCCACACCCAUGUGUUUUUUAGGGAAAUGUCUCUCCUUUAUAGACAUUUCUACUGUAUCGGCGUCACCUCACUUGUUCAGCUCAUCUUGUUUUGUACAAUUGGUAGAAUAGGAUGCACUUACAUUUGAUGAAAAAGCAGAAAGUAAAAGAAUACAAUACAUUUUGUAUUUACUGCCUAGUGUCCAGAGAAGAAGAAACAGAGCGCAGCAGCAUUUAAAAAUCAUUCAGUUUGUUGAUGCACCUGUGCGUCAAUCUAAGUAACAUAAUAAAAAUAAAAAAAGCCCAGUCAAAAUCCAUCAAUUUAAACGAGAGAUAUCCGUUUUUUUUUGCAACGCCUAUGUCGGCCUUCCGCAUCUGCCGUGGAAGGUGUCCGAGCUACACCUGUGUUUGUCAGACCAUGAGACAUCCCGGAAAUCGGUCUUCUCACGAAAACGUCUGAAGCAUCCGAACGGUUUGGCCCUACAAACUGUUUUGGACUCGUCUGAAGGAAAUCCAUACAAACGAAUGGAAGUAUGGAGGUAGUUUUGUGCCGACAAAAAUAAGGGGUUAAAUAUGCACAAAAAAAGCUUAAAUAUUUCCUGAGCUUUCUUAUCUCCUAGAUAUGACACACGUCAAAACCUUAUUCCUUAUGAUUCAUUUUAUGACUAUUUUUUUUUGCCAUUUAUGAAUAUGUUAUUCAAUGAUUUCUAUGGGCUAUAGUAGUAACGGCCAAAUUCAAAAUGUUAUCAAAUAAUUGUAUUAUUAUUAUUUUAGGGGUCCUAAAAUUCCAAAUCAAUUAGCUAAAUUAUAUGACCAUCUUAAAACAAUUCCAUAUGUUAGCUUAGUACCAUAACCCUAGUAGCUAACCCUAACCUUAGGUAGAGGUGUUAUUUCAUAGUGUUGAUGUCUUCACUAUUAUUCUACAAUGUAAAAAUUAGUAAAACUAAAGAAAAACCCUUGAAUGAGUAGGUGUAUCCAAACUUUUGACUGGUAGUGUAAAUAUAUAUGACCAUUUUAUAAAUGAUAUAAUUGCAUGAUAUGAUUGCAUAUACAGUUGAAGUCAAAAGUUUACAUACACCUUAGCCAAAUACAUUUAAACUCAGUUUUUCUGACAUUUAAUCCUAGUAAAAAUUCCCUGUCUUAGGUCAGUUAGGAUCACCACUUUAUUUUAAGAAUGUGAAAUGUCAGAAUAAUAGUAGAGUGAUUUAUUUCAGCUUUUAUUUAUUUCAUCACAUUCCCAGUGGGUCAGAAGUUUACAUACACUCAAUUAGUAUUUGGUAGCAUUGCCUUUAAAUUGUUUAACUUGGGUCAAACGGUUCGGGUAGCCUUCCACAAGCUUCCCACAAUAAGUUGGGUGAAUUUUGGCCCAUUCCUCCUAACAGAGCUAGUAAAACUGAGGCAGGUUUGUAGGCCUCCUUGCUCACACAUGCUUUUUCAGUUCUGCCCACACAUUUUCUAUAGGAUUGAGGUCAGGGCUUUGUGAUGGCCACUCCAAUAUCUUGACUUUGUUGUCCUUAGGCCAUUUUGCCACAAUUUUGGAAGUAUGCUUGGGGUCAUUGUCCAUUUGGGGUCAUUGUCCAUUUGGAAGACCCAAGCUUUAACUUCCUGACUGAUGUCUUGAGAUGUAGCUUCAAUAUAUCCACAUAAUUUUCCAUCCUCAUGAUGCCAUCUAUUUUGUGAAGUGCACCAGUCCCUCCUGAAGCAAAGCACCCCCACAGCAUGAUGCUGCCACCCCCGUGCUUCACGGUUGGGAUGGUGUUCUUCGGCUUGCAAGCGACCCUCUUUUUCCUCCAAACAUAACGAUGGUCAUUAUGGGCAAACAGUUCUAUUUUUGUUUCAUAAGUCCAGAGGACAUUUCUCCAAAAAGUACGACCUUUGUCCCAUGUGCAGUUGCAAACCGUAGUCUGGCUUUUUUAUGGCGGUUUUGGAGCAGUGGCUUCUUCCUUGCUGAGCGGCCUUUCAGGUUAUGUCGAUAUAGGACUCGUUUUACUGUGGAUAUAGAUACUUUUGUACCUGUUUCCUUCAGCAUCUCCACAAGGUCCUUUGCUGUUGUUCUGGGAUUGAUUUGCACUUUUCACACCAAAGUACGUUCAUCUCUAGGAGACAGAACGUGUCUCCUUCCUGAGCGGUAUGAUGCCUGCGUGGUCCCAUGGUGUUUAUACUUGCAUACUAUUGUUUGUACAGAUGGACGUGGUACCUUCAGGCGUUUGGAAAUUGCUCCCAAGGAUAAACUAGACUUGUGGAGGUCUACAUUUUUUUUUCUGAGGUCUUGGCUGAUUUCUUUUGAUUUUCCCAUGAUGAAGGUAGGCCUUGAAAUACAUCCACAGGUACACCUCCAAUUGACUCAAAUUAUGUCAAUUAGCCUAUCAGAAGCUUCUAAAGCCAUGACAUCAUUUUCUGGAAUUUUCCAAGCUGUUUAAAGGCACAGUGAACUUAGUUUAUGUAAACUUCUGACCCACUGGAAUUGUGAUACAGUGAAUUAUAAGUGAAAUAUUCUGUCUGUAAACAAUUGUUGGAAAAAUUACUUGUGUCCUGCACAAAGUAGAUGUCCAAACCGACUUGCCAAAACUAUAGUUUGUUAACAAGAAAUAUGUGGAGUGGUUGAAAAACGAGUUUUAAUGACUCCAACCUAAGUGUUUGUAAACUUCCGACUUUAACUGUAUAUAUAUUAAAUUAUUAUAAUGUUUUAUUUUUAAUACUGAACAUUUUCAAAUUAUCCAAUGGAUUAUGUUCAUUUACUGGUAAAAUAAAAAAAGUGGAGGUACAAAAACCUAAAUUCUAUUUUAAUUAGCUCCAUGGCUCAGGUGGCCAAGUGUACGCUACGGCGAAAAGCUGUUUGGCUCAGCUCAGUCGCGACUCGCAAAGAGGAAGAACUUUGCAGGUGUUUCUGAUUAACAUACAAUGCCAUGCUGGUGGGUGGUAACAUUCAAAUAAAACCCAACCCUGAAAAGAAAUGUAGACUGAAAAUGUAUUAGCACAUCAUGUCAUAGGGGAAACACACAGCAUUGGCACGGAAAAUAUUCAAAGUCCCCACUUCGGAUUUCCCACUUCAAGCCCAAAUAUAUCAUACUUUGACUAAAACAAUUACUUAUUGAAUUGUUGUGCAACAUCAUGGGCAUUAUCUUUCAGUCUGAAAAAAUAAUAAUUCCUCUCUUGUGGUACUUUAAGGUUUCAUCUCCUUCAAGUUGGUGGCAGCUCAUUUGCCAUUAAUUUUCGUGUUACAAAGCACUGUCACGACUUCUGCCGAGGCUGCCUCCCCUCCUUGUUCGGGCAGGUUUCGGCGUUCGUCGUCACCGGCUUACUAGCUACUGCCGCUCCCAUUCUCAUCACUCCACUUGUCAUGUCUUGUCUUGUCAAUCACACACACCUGGUGCUCAUUCCCCUAAUUAGUAUGGGUAUAAGUGUUCGCUCUGUCUCCUUGUCUUUGUGAGUGAUUGUUCAUUGUGGGAAGAGACUCGCUCAUUGAGAUACUCGCUCAUUGAGAUACUCGCUCAUUGAGAUACUCGCUCAUUGAGAUACUCGCUCAUUGAGAUACUCGCUCAUUGAGAUACUCGCUCAUUGAGAUACUCGCUCAUUGAGAUACUCGCUCAUGUGUUUUGUGCCAGGGUUGAUUUUCCCCUUUUUCAUUACGGUUGUUGUAUUUUGUGUUUGGUCAGGUUGGAUUGUUUUCCCCUGUACCUGUUUCGAGUGGCGCUGUUAGCGCAUUCAACUGCUGUGAGGAAUAAACUCUGCAUUUCCCGAUUUGACUCCUGACUCCGUCCAUUAUUCACCACUUAAUCUUAACAGUGCUCACCUCCUACAGCUCUAUGCCUCCAGUGUCUGUAAAACCUGUCUUCCUGUCUCCCUGUUUCUUCCUGUCCUGUCCUCCUGUUUGUCUCUCUCUGUCCCAGUCGUGUCCACAACUGUAGCUUUACAGGUGUCCAUCCCUGAGCGUAUCUAUGAGUUCGCCAGGGGAGACAACAUCACUAUACCAUGCAGCUUCAAACCCAAGAACCCAACCAACAGUCUGGUCAUCAUAUACUGGUUGGCAGAAGCAGACAAUCCAGAAGAGCCAGAGGUAAUAAAUCAGCCAGAAACUGCUCUGACCAGCCCUGACUAUUACGUCCAGUGGGGUUCAAUUAUUGAUCCCCUUGAUAAAGGGAGGUAGCUCAGUUGAUAGAGCAUGGCGUUUGCAACGCCAGGGUUGUGGGUUCGAUUCCCACGGGGGGCCAGUAUGAAAAGAAUAAUGUAUGCACUAACUGCAGUUCGUUUUGGUUGUGUUUCAGAUUAUUUAUUACUCCUGAGUGGCGCAGUGGUCUAAGGCACUGCAUCGCAGUGCUAACUGUGCCACUAGAUCCUGGUUCGAAUCCAGGCUCUGUCGCAGCCGGCCGCGACCGGGAGACUCAUGGGCGUCGCACAAUUGGCCCAGGGUAGGGGAGGGAAUGGCCGGCAGGGAUGUAGCUCAGUUGAUAGAGCAUGGCGUUUGCAACGCCAGGGUUGUGGGUUCGAUUCCCACGGGGGGCCAGUAUAAAAAAGUAUGUAUUCACUAACUGUGAGCGUCUGCUAAAUGACUAAAAUCUAAAUAUUUGGUGCCCAAUAGAAAUGAAUGGUAAAUUGUCACUUUUAUUAUAAAUAAGAAUAGAAGAUGUUUCUAAAUACAUCUACAUUAAUGUGGACGCUACCAUGAUUACGGGUAAUCCUGAAUGAAUCGUGAAUAAUGAUGAGUGAGAAAGUUAGAGGGUCAAAGAUCAUACCCCCAAGACAUGCUACAUUCUCACCAUUACCAAUAACAGGGGAGGUUAGAAUUUGUGUUAACAUUUUUUAUUUUUUAUUUUACCUUUAUUUAACUAGGCAAGUCAGUUAAGAACAAAUUCUUAUUUACAAUGACGGCCUACACCGGCUAAACCCGGACGACGCUGGGCCAAUUGUGCGCCGCCCUAUGGGACUCCCAAUCACGGCCGGUUGUGAUACAGCCUGGAAUCGAACCAGGGGGUCUGUAGUGAUGCAGUGCCUUAGACCACUGCGCCACUCGGGAGCCCAUGUUGUACAUGUUGUUGUUGUUGUUGACAUUGUUGUUUCCAGAUAUCCAUCCUAUCCUACUACUCUACUGGUGAUCUGGACAUCAGUGACAGGUAUGACGGAAGAGCUUCCCUGGAGCAGGACAUAGCUAAAGGAAUAGCCAACCUGAAGCUCUCCUCCAUCGGUCUCCAGGACAACCGACAAUACGAGUGUCGGGUCUCCAUCCCCAAGGAUGACGAGGGUCAGCUGGCUGACACCGCCCGCCUGGUGGUCCUGGGUAAAAAACAAUGACUUCCAUAGAAUGAAGUAGAAUUACAGAAUAUUACAUAAUAAACCCUAGAAUGUAGCUUUCAUUCCGCUUUAUUCCAUAAUAAACCUUAGAAAUCCGUAAAGUGUCGCAUGUUGAUGAUAGUGUUUAACCUAACAUUGCAAAAAUAUUGUGUACACAGUGGCUCCCUCUGUGCCUAUCUGUAAGAUCAAUGGGAGGGCAGAGUACUUCCAGGACAUCACUCUCACCUGUCUGUCUGAAGAGGGCUCUCCUCCUCCUAUCUACAAGUGGCAGGGCUACGACGUCAAAAACAUGCCCCGAGCACCUGCACCCAGGACAACGGAGAGUAUGUAGUGUCUGUGUGUGCUUGUUCAGUUUGAGUUCAUAUGUAUGUUGAUAUGACCUUGACCCUGACCUAACACAUUGUAUCCAUCUCUUCCAGAGGAUGGUGUUCUGUCUCUCUUCAACCUCACCAUGGAAUCCUCAGGAUACUACGUCUGUACCUCUUCUAAUAAGAUCCGCAGUACCAAAUGCAACCUGACGCUGUCUGUCAUGCCACGUGAGUGUGCAACACGAGACUGUGUUAGCCUGAUGAGCUAAAGCUUAGGCAUUAUCUCUGGGAGCUAACACAAAUGUUCAGAUCUGAGGCAACAUAACCAUCACAUGAGGCUGGUCCUGUAACAGGAUACAUACAGACACAUUUUAUCAAUAGAAAUGUAUAUUCCUCUACAUCUCCUCCUCACCUCUCCUCUCCUCCUCUCCUCUUCACCUUUCCUCUCCUCUCCUCUUCACCUCACCUCACCUCACCACUCCUCCUCUUCACCUCUCCUCCUCACCUCUCCUCUUCACCUCACCUCUCCUCCUCACCUCUCCUCCUCACCUCUCCUCUUCACCUCUCCUCUUCACCUCUCCUCUUCACCGCUCAUCUUCACCUCUCCUCCUCUCCUCUUCACCUCCUCUCCUCUCCUCUCCUCUCCUCUCCUCUCCUCUCCUCUCCUCUCCUCUCCUCUCCUCUCCUCUCCUCUCCUCUCCUCUCCUCUCCUCUCAUCUCUCUCCUGUAGCGUCUAUGAACAUGGGUUCAACAGCAGGUAUCAUUGGAGGCGUUGUGGUUGGUGCUCUGGUGCUGCUCAUCAUCCUCAUCUACUGCUGCUGCUGCAGAAAGAAGGAGGAGAAAGCAGAGGAGUACGCUAUGGGGUACGUAUGGUCUGACACACACACAGCAGGAGAGCUGAGAUGGUGAGAACAGACAGCGUGCUGAGUCUCCUGUCCUCUGAUAUGUCCUCAGGGUUCCAGAGGGGGAGGAGUUCCACGACAUCAAACCCGUGGUGAACGGCGAGGUUCGCCAGACGCGCAGCACGGAAGACGACGAUGACGACGACCACCCACCGAAGAUCGUGGACCGGCGCGACCAGUACAAGGAACGCAGCGAGAAGGACUACGAUGACCGCCGCAGCGACUACGAUGACCGCCGCAGCGACUACGAUGACCGCCGCGAACGCUACGGUGACCGCAGGAACCAGGACGACCGCUCCUCUGACCACCGUGACCGGUACGACCAUGACCGUGGUUACGAUGAACGCAGCGACGGCGGACGGUACAGUGACCGUUAUGAUGAGCCCUAUGAUGACCGUGACAGACCGCCCAGUGUACCGGCCAAUAAACCUGCUAAGCCUUCUACAAAUAGAAUAUAAUAAAAUCACUUUAGUUUUUCCGCAAGGGAACUUCUUUUUAGAGUGGUUCAAAAUAUAAAUAAAUAGCGUAAACAUAGUAGCUAGGUAAGGCUACACAAAGUGGCUAGCGACUAGGCUGAACUUAGUUACAUAAAUAACAGGACAACGAUAAACACAACAUAACAUUUUUUAAAGCCUAUAUAUCAGGGAUCAUCAACUAGAUUAUUUUUUUCUUUAGUGGAAGGUCAGAGGGCCGGAACAUAAUUACAAAUCAUUUGUAGACUGCAGAUUGACUGCAAGAAGCCAAAACAUAUAUCAUAUUUGACGACAAAUAUAAUAAUUUAUAACCUUGCUUACAUUUGUAUACGAUCACAUAU